ACACUAUGGAUGGCUUGCCCAUUUUGCGGCAGGUGCCUGUGCUGUCCUUCACACCAGGCCACGUCUCCGUAAGUUGUCGGACGCGUUGUUGCAGUUUUCAGCUCGGUAUAACAGACAAAAUGGGGUAAAAUGUGGAUCCACAACAGGUUAAAGAGCGUCCCCGGCGUGUUUUCCAGCACCUGGGCGAGGAGAAUGCUGGCUAUUUUGCUGGCGGUCAGUGUGGUCAUCUGGUACAUAGGGCCUUCAAUUUUCGAUAUGGGACGGCGAGCUUGGAACAAGCCGGAUCUUCUGUCGACCUGUUUAAACGACAAACUAACACCAUGGCUGCAUGCUGCUCAGGAGUUGGAUGCAGUGGUUACUCAGGGGAACGUGAAGGCAGCCCAGCUUCCUUUCGUGGGGAACGGCAAGAUUGGGUUCGUGCCCGGGGAGGGACUGUUCAUUGCUACCCCGGACAGGGACAACCCUCAGUACUCAUCUCUCACAUUGAAGGUGCCCUAUGACCCCUCCAUACAGGUGGCUAUAGAAACUCUCACCACCAGGAAAGAGUCUUCAGUAUUAGACUACAAACACGGCGUGUUCCAUAAAUAUACGUGCUACAAGAAGUCUGAAACUGACUCGUUGUUGAUGGAGCUAAAGGUAGCUUCACAUCGAACAAAGCCAAGCCUGCUAGUCCAGGAGCUUCGCGUAGAAAACCCGACAACGACACCACUGCUGGUCAGUGUGAAGCAGUCCAGCUCUGUCAGUUCCAACUCCCUGUCCUUACAAACCCUCACAGUCAUGUUUGACGAGAAGAACCCACCUAAAGAGUACAUCCUUCUGCGCGGCACUAUCACCACUGUGGACAGCAGGGUCAUCAUGUUUGCCAUGGCGACCCCAAAGGUGUCUGAGGUCUUGAAUGUGGAUGAGAAGAGCGCUUUCACCUUUACCUUUGUCACCGCUGUCCACUACAGUGAACCUGCACCACACGUGGAACAGGACAAGUUGGAGAGAGUUACUGAACUUGCCAAAAAUGACAUCAAGGAGUAUUUUCUAGCUGGCCCAGAGAACAGCAACCUUUUAGUCCAGCACAAGUCAGCUUGGAGUAAAGUCUGGGCGUCUGGACUUCAUGUUGACCCCAGGAAGGUCCUGCACAUCCCCCAUCCUUCCAUUGUUAACUCUAGUAUGUACUACGUCCUGUCUUCUGUCCAGGCUCCUCUCCAUCUAGAUGGAAUUGAUCUGGCGAAGAGGAAACAACUUGAACAGCUAUUAUGGAAGCAGGAGAACUGUUUCUCCGGCCAUCCAACUACGCACGCCAACAACUUGUGGCCGAGUGUGAAGCAGGAGGCGGACAUUGCUGAGCUGUCCCACCUGUGGCAGCUGACGCUGUCCAAGCGGGGCUGUGCACCUCUGGUAGCAGCAGGGGCUGAUGGUAUGCUGGAGGCAAUGAUCCUUAGCUUUGGAGGGUUACAAAUUACCCGAGACCAUCUGGCCUUCAACGGCGACCCUGACAUCCUGCGCAGCAACAUCGCCUUCCGCGACAUCCGCUACAACAACAGUCACAUCAACCUGACUAUCCUGAUGGAGGAGGAUGGCCAGGCAACUAUGCAUGUUUCUGUGGACAGCCCUAGUAAUGCUGUGUUGUAUGCAUGUGAGGCAGGCUGUCUGAGUGAGCCUGUGUCUCUAACUUCUACAAUUACAGAGUUCUCAGUGAAGGUGACCAAACCGCUUACAUCCCUGCUGUACAUAGCACCCAGUAGACGCCAUCUUCUUGACAUUAAGAGAACCAUUCAUGUGAAAGAAGUUAUAACACAUCUUGAUCAUCUUGAAAAUUUGUCUGGUCCCAAAACAGGUCUGCCUCCAGUGUUCUGGGUCAGCAUUGCUUUUCUGAUUGGACUCUUCCACCUCUUUUUGAUUAAACUGAUCUACAAUGAAGUUUGUGGUGCAGGCGCAGCUCGAACUAGUACUAAAUAUAGUGCAUAAAACAUUACCAUGGGAUUACUGUUUGUUUAGAUCAGUAUUUACUGAGUGGAACAUUUGAAUGUUAGAAAGGCACAGUUUACUCCACUUUGUUUUCUCAAUGCCAAUUGAUGCUUUUCUGUAAUGAAAAAGAGUUAGUGCAAAAAUGCAAGUUUUUGCAAUUUUUCCAGAAUGAGAUUGUAGAAUUUCAAGAAAGCAGGCAAAGCAAUGUAUUCCUUUAAUCAGAUAUGCAAGCACAAAUGUAACUUUGCCUCAAGACUGGUAGAUUGGGCAAUGGUGAUAGACUAUCAUAUGGUGUAAACUCCAGAAGGAAAGUAAGAAUUGAGAAUUUUUCAUUAGCUGUUGUACAUCUCAUUUUCACACACAAUGGUACUAG